AUGCUAUUUAAAUUAGGAUUUCAUAACAAAUCACCCGUAGAAUUGCUCUUAGAAAAUGACGAUUGUACAUUAGAGCAAAUUCUUGAUGAAGAAGAUGUUAUUUCAGAAGCAAAAGCUCAUUACGGAAAAUUAAUCGAUUUCCUUGCGAAGAGUGAGAAUUUAACAAAGAUGAUUGACUACAUCACCAUUGAGAUUCCUCUCGAUCAAAUUCAAACCCUCAAGAACCAAACAAAGAGUGAGGAAACUGAAAAGGCAGACGACACUACAGAAUCUGAAGAAGUUCAUUUAAAUGAAGAAAAGCUUCAAAAGAGAAUAUUCAAAUAUCCAAGAAUAGCAGCAGAGAUUUUAUGUUGCGAUAUUGAUGCUCUCUAUUCAGCCAUUGUGUCUGAUAAGUUGUUGCUAACAUCUCUUUUUGACUUUAUUUCACAUGAAAAACAGACACUGAAUCCUCAACUAACUAAUUAUUGGAUUCGUGUUGUAACCUGUUUGGUUCAAAGAAAACCCAUAGAAGUACACAAAUUCAUAAUGUCUCAAGGAGAGUCCUUCGUAUUGAACUUUUGUAAACAUAUCGGAGUACCUGGAAUGGAUGAACUUUUACUUAAGCUCAUUUCAUGUGAAUUGUACGACUUGAUAAUUUCUGCAGAGACUAAUCGAUCAGCUAAACAACAACUCAAACUUCGAUUAAUUGAUGCUAAGGACAACUCCGACGCUACAAAUGUAAUUAAGAGCUCAGUUAAAUGGUGGACUGAUGCUCAAGUUCCAUUUAAACUUAUCGAGAAAUUAUCUCCACAAUACUCUUCAGAAUGCCACAUUAACGUUACAAGAGUGUUGAGCGAAAUUAUUAGACGAUCAUUGCAGUAUAAUCUAGAUAUUCAAAAGCUUAAUCCUCUUGCUACUUCCAUUUUGUCUGACUCAGUUUUAUGCAAAUUAAUGGACACUCUCUUGGAGAAUACUGAUGUACUGAACGAAGGCAUUGCAUUGUUGCAUACUUUAAUAGACACCAGCGUAGAUUUAAUGGAUGCAGAUUUCGAUGAAUGUUUACCAAGUGCCAUCAAAGUUAUUCUCACCAAAUUGCCCCAGUUAGUACAACUGUUGGAGAGUCCACCUACACAACAGCCUCUGACACUAACAUUUGGUGUUUUAAACCCUCCUUUAGGUGAAACAAGGCUUAAAAUUAUUGAAUUCCUUUCAAGCCUUUUUCAUAUUAGAUGUGAAGUCGUCGAAAAGGCUCUAAUAGCUAGCAACGUUCUAGGAGUAAUAGUUAAUCUAUUUUUCCAAUACGAGUUUAACAAUAUGCUUCACAAUUUAUUAUUGAACAUUAUUAGCUUCAUUUUGGCAAGUGAGAGUCAACCAUUGAAAAAACACCUUUUCGUUGAUUGUGCAAUAGUUGAACGUAUUCUACAAGCGUUCAAAGUGAACGAGCAAGCCCAAAAUGAAAGCAAAAUACGAAAGGGUUAUAUGGGACAUUUAACAAUAAUCUCAAAUACAAUUGUUUCAACCGCAAAUUCUGAUGAAACUGUUGCUUCCCUCACUAAAGACAUUUCUGGAUGGAAAGAAUUUGUAGAAACAUCUCUCUCAGAAAGAAAUAUGAUCGAGACACGACAAAUGGGCUCAGAUGACUCUUAUCUUUCUUUGGUUGGAGGAGCUACACCAAACACAAAUCAUGCACCCCUCUCUGAUGAAGAAAGGAAAGAAUUAGAGGAUGCAUUUCAAGAUUUUGAUGAUGACAUGGCAGAAGAAUAUAAGGACGAUAGCGCGAAGGAGCUCAAUGAAGAAAAUGCAUCCACCAAAGACUCCUCUCCUCUUUCUGAAUCCAUCCAGACCAAUAGUGAAAUGCACCUUGAACUAUAA